CUUUUGUUUUAAAGUCACCAUGCCCAAGUACACCUGGGGGCCUCAAUACCACCAUCAGCAGCAUUGAAGCUAUAGGUGAUGAUGAAAGCUAUCAACCCGAGUCAACCAUCACCUUAACAUCAACAUCAUCAUCAUCAUCAUCAGAUGAAGGUGAAAGGGACUGGCGUGAAAAGAAGCUAAUUGUCAACGAGUCCAGCCUCAUGUCAUUAUUCAAAUUUUGCCAGAUGUGCGGGAAACCAAUUUCAUCCAAGACUAUUGUUGAUGUUGGUGCACAGAGGAAGGUGGAGUGGAUAUGUCUUGGGGGCCAUGCUGGGACCUGGAAAUCUUCACGUGACGUUAGGGGAAUGCCAGAGGUGAACCUCCUUGCAGCAGCAGCUGUUCUGUUCAGAGGGGGCACAUACACAGAACUCUCAGACUGGUGCAAGACCAUGAGUGUCCAAAUGAUUGGACAUACAACAUUUAAUAACAUCCAGCAGAUAUACUUGCACCCUGUUAUUGAGGAACUGUAUUGUCAAAAAAGAGCUGAACUCUUGGCAAGAGUGUAUUUAGAACAGGAGGAUGGAAAGAGGUUACAUUUGACCGGUGAUGGCCGAUGUGAUACGCCGGGUUUCAGCGCAAAAUACUGCCACUACACGUUUAUGUUGGAUGACACAAAGGAGAUACUCCACACAGAACUGGUUCAGGUUACUGAGGCCACCAGCUCUGUUACCAUGGAACCACUAGGUUUCAAAAGGGGCAUGACUGAGCUGAUGGACCAGGGCCUUGACGUGGAGGUGAUGGCCACAGAUCGCUCAACAUCUAUUCAAAAAAUAAUGAGGGAAGAAUUUCCUAAUGUCCAACAUCAGUUUGACAUCUGGCACACAGCAAAAGGUUUCCGGAAGAAGAUGCAAAGUAAGGGGAAGAAAAAGGCAAAUGAAAUCAUCCAUGCAUGGACCAGGUCUGUCGUAAACCAUAUGUGGUUUGCCUGUGCGACAAGUAUGGGUGACGUCAAUGCAUUGAAAUGCCGGUGGAAGUCCAUUACACACCACGUAUGUAACGUGCAUGAGUGGACAGAUGAAAACGGAGAACAGCAUCGUUGUGACCAUGCUCCUCUAACAACCCAGGAGCAAAAGAAGCGCAUGUGGAUGAAAAAAGAUUCUCUGGCAUUUCAGAACCUGUCAUCGCUGGUCCUUGACAAAAGGCUUCUGAAGGACAUGGACAAGAUGGCACUGUUCAAACAUACAGGCCCACUUGAAGUCUUCCACAGUGCACUUCUAAAAUACCUACCCAAACGCCAGGCAUUCUCAUUUCAGGGAAUGAGGGAGCGAUGUCACCUUGCCAUCCUAGAGCAUAAUGAGAAUAUUGUCAAGAGGAAGCAGGACACAACCAAGACAGGACAACCACGGUUUAAUCAAGUCUACUGUAAGAGAUCCAAACAGUGGGUCUUGAAGAAAGUCUUCACACCACACACCACAGAGUUUAUAGACACACUCAUCAAGAAGGUCAUGGAUAGAAGACGCAACCCAAACAUUCAGUUUACCAUGCCAACCUCCUCACUUGCCCUGCCACAGCCUUCACUGCCACCCAAUAUUGCACCCGUGCCCAAACCACCAAAGGAGGCUGCAAUAAGUUCUUUCCAAAGCCGCUUCUAAGAUGGAGAACCAAAAAUGUCUAUCUUAUUUAUUUUUAACAUGUACCUUUUGACUAUGGUGGCAGAAUAAUAUUUGUGUGUGAAUAUUAUUAAAACAAAUUUUCUUACACUUCUGUGUACAUUAAUUUCUAAAAUAUUGACUUGUAGAGGUAGGGUGAAUGGUUACUGUCAAUGAUUUUGCAGUAAUUACUUACUGUACACAAACUACCUGUAUUCUUUCCAUUGAUGGAAUUUAUUUAGGGUUAAAAAUAUGAGCCUAAUGUAGACUUUCAAAUUAUAAAGAUGAUGCAAGGCAGAACCAUGUAUAUUAGUUUUCACACAUACUAUAAUGUAGCAAUACUAAUGGUUUUUAACAAGAACCACAACAAAUGUGAAUUUUAACUUUUUAUUAAAUAAUAAUAAUAAUAAUAAACACUUUAACACUCAUAGCUCUUCAAGAGCUUCAGCAGUCUCUUUAUAUCCACAAUAUUGCCCAUCAGGAGCUGGAAAUCUGCGUCUGAUGUAUUGAACCACACACGUAGGCAAAACAAGACGAUAGCCUUUCCCCAGUCUCUCGCCUUGCAGGACCCAUUCCAUAAAGU